CAAACAAGUGCGAGCAGUUGAACGUUUAGCGUCUUUAUAAACAAAUGUUGAUGAAUGAAUCUAGACGCUGUUUUAGUACUCCCUCGUGGAGUGCACUCAUAAACUUUCGAAAAUUCACUGGAAGUUCAUUCAAAUGACCUCAAAUUAAAAAAUGAAUUCACACGUUUAUAAGGUAUUGACUUUUCUCGUAUUUUUAACCACCGUUGAUGCUAGUAAUUAUUCAGAUAUUGAUUUGCCGGAGAGUCACAUAAAAUAUUAUUUCAACUCAUUUCCUGUUGUUGCCGAGAAAUGUCGCAAUGAUCCCUCAUGCCCCUACAAGGUUCAUUUAGAUAAAGAAGUAUGUUGGGGAUACGAAACUGAAUGUAAAUCUGAACAUUCAUUUUCAAAGCCCCGCUGUCCUGGAGACCAUAAAGGAUGGGUCGCUACGAAGAAGGCGCAGUUAGAUACAUUUUAUGCUCAAGGAGACUUUGGCUAUGUGAGAGAUCAGCGUAAUGAGAUGAUGUUAUUAUGCCAGCCAUUAUUUUUGGAUGAUUCGUCUUUGGAAUGUUCAGAACACUUACGAUUUUGUCGGGGUCGAAAUCUUAUGAUAAAUUUUACGGAUCUGUUAAAUAGAAAGGAUCCUAUUAGAUAUAAAAUGGAUGUCUUGAAAGAAGGUCAGAUUGGUGGGUUUUGUACACUGGAUGAUCAAAAGUUGAAAGAAAAUGCUGAUCACAUUAGUCCAUUACAAUCCUGGGGUCCAGAAAUAAGAAAUUUUAAAAAACUACCUCGUAAACCGAUAGUAGAUGGCGACUGUGAUGUUAUUGUUGAAAAACCAACGUAUAUUCUUAAAAUUGAUGCUGCUGUAAACAUGUAUCACCAUUUCUGUGAUUUUUUCAAUUUGUAUGCUUCAUUACACGUCAAUCUUACCCAUCCAUCCGUAUUCAGUACUGAUAACCAUAUCAUGAUUUGGGAAAGUUACAGCUACCGAUCUGCAUUUCAAGAUACUUUUGAGGCAUUUACGAAACAUCCGUUAUGGGAUUUAAAAAGUUUUAAAGGAAAAACUGUAUGUUUUAAAAAUGUGGUUUUUCCGUUAUUACCUAGAAUGAUAUUUGGGUUAUUUUAUAAUACACCCUUAAUUUACGGCUGUGAAGAUAGUGGACUUUUUACGGCAUUUUCAGACUAUAUAUUACAUAGACUACGAAUACCUUUACACAAUAGAAACAAUACUAAAAUUCGCGUAACUUUAUUAAGCAGAGAUACUCAGUAUCGUCGAAUUUUGAACGAAGAUGAAUUAGUAAACGCUUUGAAUAUAAAUUCGAACUAUGAAGUCAAUAAGGUCAUAUAUAAUAAAUUCAUGCCCUUCAAAAAACAACUAGAAAUAACCAAAAACUCUGAUAUUUUCAUUGGUAUCCAUGGGGCUGGACUUACUCACUUUUUAUUUCUUCCAAAGUGGGCGGUUGGAUUUGAAUUAUAUAAUUGUGAAGACCCCAGUUGCUAUAAAGAUUUAGCCAGACUUAAAGGUAUUAAGUAUUUAACAUGGGAAGACACAAAUAAAUUGAUAGAAGAUGAUCCGGGAACACAUCAAUAUGGUGGUGGUGCCCAUGCAAAAUUCACUAACUAUAAAUUUGAUGUUGAAGAAUUUAUAAGAAUCGUAUCAAACGCUGAAAAAUAUGUUAAAAAUCAUGACGCGUUCAAAAAGUUUUUAAAAUAUGGGAACGAGAAAAAAUAUCUAAAGGAUGAAUUAUGACACA